GUUGUUCUUCGUUUAAUUGGGAGACAAGAGACAACCACAACCAAUCCUGUUUCGGCAGACGAGUUUCAGAAAAUACGCAAGUUUCUUUAGUUUGGUUUGGCUUUCAGAUAGUUUCUUUCACAAUUUUGCAGGGCGAAAUUUGCUUUUGAGCAGCUCCAAAAUGAUGCCUGAUGACGAUCCUGUUUAUGGAUCCAUGCGUCAGAUGGACAACAUGAUCAAUUCUAUGUUUAGUGAUCCAUUUGGUAUGAUGGGUGGCAUGAUGGGAGGUAUGAUGGGAGGUCAUCGUGCCAUCAACCAAGGCUCUAGAGUACGUUCAAAUCAAGUCAGCCAAAUGAAUCAAAUUUCACCCUUUGGAAACAUGUUCGGAGGAGGACUCUUUGGUGGCGGAAUGUUUGGCGGAGGAAUGAUGGGCUUUCCAAACAUGAACCGCCUGUUUGACAACAUGUCUAGUGUUUCAAAUGACCCUAAUUGUCAUUCAUAUAGUAGCAGCACUGUAAUGACUAUGAGCAAUGGGCCUCAUGGACAACCUCAAGUAUAUCAAGCAUCAUCGACUACUCGUUCUGGUCCUGGAGGCAUUAAGGAGACAAAGAAAACUGUAUGUGAUUCUCGCACUGGGCUGAAGAAGAUGGCUAUUGGGCACCAUAUUGGUGACAGGGCACACAUAGUUGAACGUGAGAAAAAUGUCUACACUGGUGAGGAAGAACAACGAGAAGAUCUUGUCAACCUGGAUGAAGAGGAAGCACCUAUGUUCAACCGUGAAUGGGAGCAAAAAACUGGUACUGUUGGUGUGGCUGCUGUGACUGGGAGAUCAAAUGGUAGAUACCAGGAGCAGCUAGCAUUGCCUUCAACAGCUGCUGUUUCACCAAGCACUACAAGUUCCUUACGGGCAAAAGCAAGAGCUGCUGCCCGAGCAAGGAGGUCUCAACUGUCAUUAUCAUACCCCUCCUCAUCCUCCUCUAGAGUGGAAAUCACAGAAGUAACUGAUGACGAUGAAGAUAACGCUAAUACUGCCUCACUAAGCGAAGAACGUAGUGCAAGCCCUAUUAUUGAGUACCCCUCUACAACUUCUCACUCUCAGAGAGAGCAACGGGAGCGUGAACGGUACCAUCCUACACCUCGCACUCAUAUUCAAGAGCAACAGGAGGGCUCACGUAAACGGGAUCACGAGGAUGACUAUGAAGAAAGACGUCGACACCAUAAAUCAAGGAAACCAUAUUAGACGUCCAUAUUACAUGUACUCUAACUUAUAACUGUCACGUUUGAUGAAAUGAUAUCUUUGUAUCAAGGUUGUACUGUGCACCUUGUGUUUUAAUUAUAUAUGUACUAGAUUUUUGUUAACUGUUGUUUGGGACCUUUGUCUGCACAGCUCUGGUAUGGGAGAGCACAAGCAAUAGUAAAUGAUUUUGCUAUAAACUAUUUAAGAUAACUGGACAAUAAUGUUCAGCCUGCUUUUGUUUUAAUUCCUCACAAGAUCUCUUCUGUUGUGUGAACUGUUAAUAUGAUCCCAGUAUUUGGUAAAGACAAAACUGUAAAUGAACUUUGAACUUUUAAGACGUCAGUGAAUGUAAAUUUGGACUUAAAGGGAACAGAUUUGUAUUAUGCUACUGAAAAAAACCUUUGUAAAUUAUGGUAAUUUAGGGAAUGUGAGUGUUACAAUUACUCAAGGUCAUGAUUGUGAUAACUUCCCAAUAGAUAGUUAUGCAAUGUAAUUAGAGCUAAGAACAGGAAGUACUGUGUUAGUAUUUCGCCUUAAUUAUUUUCUUCUACAUCCCUUUUCAAACAUCAAAUGAAUCUGUGGAGUGUGAUGAAGUUUAUUGCUCGUGUUGAGCUGGUAAUAAUCUGCAAAGGGAUUUAAGAGGUUUACAGGUCUCCUAUGGAUGACUUAUUCCUAUAGUUUAUGGUCUCAAUUAAUAGGGUAAAUGUGCUCUUACCAAGAAUAAUGGCCUCUCUUACAAAAUUGAAACUCUAACUAAAUGUCCAAUUCUCUUUCUGUAAGAUUUGUCGGGUACUAGCUAAAACUUGCCUCUUUAAAUUUCAGCUCACGUUUUCUGUGUACAAACUAUCUUUUUGAAAAUUACCUCUUAAAAAGUGAGAGCAGCUUUUAUUAACUGUGUUUAAAAAUAAUAAUAUGGAGUGAAAUAAAAUUGUCAUUCUGUA